UUUUACUGGUAUUGUUAUCACAAAAGCAAUAUAUCCCAUCCUUGCACAGUUGGAUACUGAUUUCGUCACUCUUCUUUAACCUUUACAUCCACCAUUUGAAACAACAGUUUAACAAAAUACAUGGCAAGGUAGAAAACAACGUGAUGGCAGACUUUGUGUAACAUUGAAUUCCAACUCAACAAAAUAGUUUUUACAUUUGUUUGGAGACUGACACUGUUAGAUGUCUAAUGUCAAGUCUAUUACCAGUGUAAUGUUCUGCACCCAUUCAAAGAAGUCAUUUUUUCCACAUUCAACCCCCCCAAGCAUCCAAAAAAGAAACAUCACUACAUGGAUAAACUUAAAAAAAAACCCAAAAAAUAGACUCCUUAGAGAAUGUCUCUAGUUGCACAAAACUGUAUUGGCACAUACGGACUCAGCUAUAGGUCACUCACUUCAUGCCUGGUUGAUAAUUUAUCAACCAGUGUCAACGUUCAUGGCCACGUUCUGUUAUCUUUUAUGUAGGAAAGCUCUGUCAAUGAAAAGCUCAGUAGGGUGCACAUUUCUGCACUGAUGAAUCUUUCUGCAGAGAGCCACAGCAUUCCUCUUAGCGAUGGCAACCAAAUCCCACUUCUGGGAUUGGGAACCUACGGAGACCCUCGAAAGACACCGAAAGGCACGACAGUUGAGUGUGUGAAGCUGGCCAUAGAUGUUGGCUACAGGCACUUUGAUGGGGCGCUGGUGUAUUUCAAUGAGCAUGAGGUGGGCCAAGCCAUCAGCGAGAAGAUCGCUGAUGGCACUGUUAGAAGGGAGGACAUAUUUUACUGCGGCAAGCUCUGGAAUACCUUCCAUCCUCCUGAGCUGGUGAGACCUGCUUUGGAAAGGACACUGCAAACGCUGAAAAUGGACUACGUGGAUCUCUACAUUGUGGAGCUUCCCAUGGCCUUCAAGCCCGGCGAGGAAUUUUAUCCGAGAGACGAGAAUGGGAAAUAUAUCUACCACCGCACUGAUCUCUGUGCAACAUGGGAGGCUUUGGAGGCUUGCAAAGACGCCGGGCUGGUGAAGUCUCUGGGAGUUUCCAACUUCAACCGCAGACAGCUGGAGCUGCUGCUGAAAAAACCUGGCCUCAAACACAAACCCGUCUCCAACCAGAUUGAGUGCCAUCCAUAUUUCACCCAACCAAAGCUUCUGGAGUACUGCCGUCAAAACGACAUUGUUGUUGUUGGCUAUUGUCCUCUUGGCUCCUCCAGAGAUGCCUCUUGGGUAAAUCUGACGUGUCCUCCUCUGCUGGAGGACGAGCUGCUGGUGUCUAUUGGGAAAAAGUACAACAAGAGCAGCGCUCAGGUGGCGCUGCGCUUCAACGUUCAGAGAGGAGUGGUGGUGAUUCCAAAGAGCUACAAUCCUGAGCGUAUCAAGCAUAACUUUCAGAUAUUUGAUUUUUCCCUCACGGAGGAAGAGAUGAAGGCCAUUGAAGCAUUGAACAAAAACAUCCGCUUCGUUGAGCUGCUGAUGUGGAGCGAUCAUCCAGAGUAUCCCUUCCAUGAAGAAUACUGAGCUUUUUCAGUCUUCCUUUGCUGUGUAUUUUUGUCAAAUGGAAAAAUGUUUACUAAUAAAACGCUAAAUAGAGAGGAACGCCUUG